AUGGAAAUCAAUGAAUCAUUGUCUGAAGAGAGUGAACAAUUAAAAAAAAAUGAAGAAAAAAAUAGAGGUGAAAAUACAUUAAAUGUAAAAUUUGCUUGGACAAAAAAACUAGAGUGCAGUAUAUCAAAAGUGAUACAAUAUCCUCUUCGUCAUGAAGCAUUGAAAACCUUACCAUUGGUCUCAGAAGAGAUUCGACCCUAUGACUUUGUUUAUGAUAGAAAACUUCAUAGGUCUAAAUAUUCACCACAAGAUGCAAGUAUGACUGAUAAAUAA